GCUAGCUAGCUAGCUUCACUCGUCUGAGUUCUUCCCUUCACUCCAAACACACAAGGACCAAAGAGAGAUACAGUGCAGAGACAAGGAAUAGCUACCAGCAAUCAAUGGCGCCUGUCGUUAGCGCUACACUCGGCGCCUUGGGUCCCCUGCUGGUGAAGCUCGGCGGCCUGCUCGCUGGCGAGUAUGGCCGCCUCAAAGGGGUCCGCCGGGAGAUUCGCUCCCUCCAAUCUGAGCUCACAAGCAUGCAUACUGCGUUGGAGGAGUACACCAAGCUGGAAGAUCCAAGUGGCCAAGUGAAGGCAUGGAUAUCACUGGUGCGGGAGCUGGCAUAUGAUACCGAGGACAUCUUCGACAAGUUCAUCCAUCACCUUGGUAAGCGUGGUCAUCGUGGUGGUUUCAAGGACUUCUUGCGCAAGAUAACUCUCCCUCUGAAGACACUUGGAGCUCGGCAUGAAAUCGCCGACCAAAUCGAUGACCUGAAGGAUCGCAUCAAGCAACUGAAAAAGCAUGAAAUCGCCAACCAAAUCGAUGACCUGAAGGAUCGCAUCAAGCAAGUGAAAAAGCUCAAGGAUAGUUACAAGUUGAAUGAUGCUCCUUCUAGCACAACUCGCCAUACAGCCGUGGAUCCCCGGCUGCAUGCGCUCUUUGCUGAAGAGGCACACCUUGUGGGCAUGGAUGGUCCAAGGGAUGAUCUUGCCAAGUGGAUGGUGGAAGAAGAAAACAACUCAUCCAAACCUCGCAAGGUGUUGUCUAUUUAUGGUUUUGGUGGAUUGGGAAAAACAACAUUGGCAAAUGAGGUCUAUCGCAAGAUUCAAGGGCAAUUUUAUUGUAAGGCUUUCGUAUCGGUCUCGCAAAAACCAGAUAUUAAAAAAAUUAUGAAGGAUGUGAUCUCUCAAGUGUCAUGCCAAGAUGGAUACACAAAAGAUUCCAGUGAUUGGGAUGAGAUGAAGUCCAUUGCAAAGUUAAAAGAACUACUGCAAAAUAAAAGGUAUCUGAUCAUCAUUGAUGAUGUAUGGUCAACACAAGCAUGGAACACUAUAAAGUGUGCCUUUCCGGAGAAUAAUUGUUUGAGUGGAAUUAUAGUUACUUCACGCAUCAUUGGGGUAGCAAAGUCAUGUUGUUCUGGUGGUGAUGACUGCAUGUAUAAACUAGAAGCCUUAAGUGAUUUCCACUCUCGAAGAUUGUUUUUCAAGAGAAUGUUUGGCUCUGAGGAAUAUUGCCCUUCCAUGUUGGAAGAAGUUUCAAAUAAAAUCCUAAAAAAAUGUGGAGGCCUACCAUUGGCAAUUAUAAGUAUAGCUGGUUUACUAGCAAACCGACCAGCUAUCAAGGAAGAGUGGGAGAAGGUUAAGAGGUCAAUUGGUUCUGCACUACAAAAGGGCCGAAGUUUGGAGGGAAUGUGUAGCAUUUUAUCCCUUAGCUACAAUGAUCUUCCACCUAAUCUCAAGACCUGCUUAUUGUAUUUAAGUGUAUUCCCUCAGGAUUAUGUGAUUGAUAGAGAGAGGCUAGUGAGGCUAUGGAUAGGAGAAGGCUUUAUCCCAGAAGAGCCUGGACAGAGCCGGCAAGAGGUUGCCGAGAACUACUUUUAUGAGCUUAUCGACAAAAACAUUGUCCAACCAGUGGACAUUGGGUGUGAUGGUAAGGUUCGUGCCUGCCGGGUCCAUGGCAUGAUGCUUGAAAUUAUUAUUUCAAAAUCGGCUGAAGAUAAUUUUGUCACUGUGGUAGGGGAAGGGCAAAGAAGUUUGGUAAAUCGUCAGGGUUUUAUUCGGCGACUAUCAGUUCAGCACAUUAGCCGCGAGCUAGCAGAUGCAUUGGCAUGUAUGGAUUUAAGUCAUGUUCGAUCUCUGACAGUAUCAUCAUCAGCUUGCCUCAACCACUUCCCUAGUCUUGAUAACUUUGAAGCUCUGCGUGUGCUAGAUUGUGAAGACUGUGAGGGUUUGGCAGAGUUUGUUAUGAACGGCAUGGGUAAGUUAUUCAAACUAAAGUACUUGAGCCUUGGGGGAAAGAUCAUAUCAAAGCUACCACCGGCAGUUACAAUGUUACCUGGUCUAGCGUUUGCAGAGCUUAGUGGCACGGAUAUAGCAAGCUUACAGCCCGAGCCAGAGAUUGUGAUGCUACAUGAUCUUAUGGAGACAUGCUUACAUGAGUUGCCACUUACUAGAAUUGUUCGGCUCAUUACAUUACAACAUCUGCUCAUUUCAAGUGAGUCAUGGACUCAAAAAAGAAAAUGGAAGAUACCAGUUGGAAUUGAGAAUAUGAGAGAUUUAUUGGAACUGUCUGGUUUCAGCGUUAGCAGCAGUUCGUUAGGUGCAGUGCAGCAUCUCGGUUACCUGAGCAGUUUGACAAAACUUUGUAUACAGUUAUAUGAUGGAGGACCUGAAGAGGAUAAGAGGCAUGAAGAAGCGUUACUCUCCUCGCUAUGCAAGCUUGGCACCUGGAAACUUCGGUAUUUAUGGAUACACAAGCUCCGUGGUUCCCUUGAGUUCUUGAACACUUGGUCCCCUCCGCCGUUAUCCAUUGAAAUAUUUCGUAUAUCUGGCGACUCCUGGUUCACGAAUAUUCCGAAAUGGAUUGCACCAGAACUCACCAAUCUUCUUCACCUAGAGAUCAGCUUAACUGAACUGAGGCAGGAAGGACUGCGGACUCUUGGGAAUCUCCCAGGCUUACUUCAUCUGAAACUGUCUUUGGUAGCAGAACCAGUUGAAAGGAUCACAGUGGAAGGCGUUGGAUUUCCAAAUCUGAAGAAGUUUGUCAUCUAUAGUGUGGCCGGGUCACACAUUAUGUUCAUGGAAGGAGCAAUGCCAGAGCUUGAGAAGCUUAAUGUGCGAUUACAUGUGCCACUGGCAAACAAAUAUGGCUUCUAUUUAGGCAUUCAGCAUCUUCCAUGUCUCGAAGAAGUAGCAGUAAGUUUUUACGAAGUGGCUGUAGCACCUUUCAAAAUCAUGGCUGCUGCUGCUGCUAUCAGAAAGGAAGCACGUGUCCACCCCAACUGUCCCACAAUUGAUAUUUCUGGGGAAUUCAGUGAAAAUGACGGUGAGAUCAGUAGUGACGACGGGGACUUGAUAUAGCCGAAGAUGGUGACACUGCAUGCAAUGCAAUGCAAAAGGACACAAGGUGCGGUUGGCUGGCCUUUUGCUUGGAAAUGUCAUGCUGAACAAGGACCAAUCGAAGCUACUAUCCAUUGUACUUCCAGAUGAGAGUGUUUACGUUAUUAUUAGUUUUGUCCCGGAUUGCAGAUUGUUUUUUUCAGUUGAUUGCUUGUGCUGAAAGAGUUGGUGUGCAGCAGCUACCUAGUAGUAACAUUUUGCUGCUCGCUUGUUUUCAGUUUCUCUCCUUUUAUUUCUAUAAGGAACUAUUUCAGGAUGAAUAAGUGCACGGACUUGUCUGA